UCACGCUAACUUUGUUUGUUUGUCAAAUUUUCGUCAUAUUUUUUUCAUUCAUGCGUUCGAUUUCACGGGGUUGUACCGAGUCAACACUGAAAAAAACCUCGUGAUUUCUCUCUCCUCUCAAAUGCCAUUUUUGGUAUACUUUCAGUUUUCUAGGGUUUCUUCAGAAUUGAACCCCUUAAUUCUCACUCUCUCUUUCUCCUUCACCUAAUUUCUUCAUGGGUUUUUCAAUUCUCUUAAAUCCCACAAAAUCCCACGAAAUUUCUCCCCCAUAUUCCCCCUCUUUCGAUUAAAUUUUCAAUGGACCGAAACCUAAUUCUUGAAUUGAGUUCCGAUGAAGAAGUGGGGUUUGACAAUUCAUCCACCGCCGACAAUUUUGAUUGGAUUACGAAGCUUCUUGAAGAUGAUGAUCCUGUUUCUGUUGGUGGUAUUUUCAACUUAGGUGACGGCAUCGACGGCGACGGCGACGACGGCGGAUGUGGUGGUGGUGAUAAGGUUGUUGUUGAUGACGAUGAUGAUGUUGUUGUGGUUGGUGAAGUUAUAGUACAGAAGCCUAAAAAGGCUAAAACUUUGAUGCCUAUAAUUGAUGAUGAUGAUGAUGAUUGUGUGGUGUUGGAAGGUGAUCCCGAUAAACCGAAAGACGAGGUUAAGGAAUCCGAAGAAGACUCGGAUGAUUUGCUUAUCGUUGGCGAAACGGGUCAGGUUGCAUGCAGAGAUUAUCCUCAUCCACGACAUCUUUGUGCCAAAUUUCCUUUCAGUUCUUCUUCACAUGAAAGCCGCUGCGAAAUGUGCCAUUGCUAUGUUUGCGACUCACUUGCUCCAUGUUCCCUUUGGGGCUCUGGAGCUUCAAGUAGUGAUCAUUGUCAUGCUACUGAUAAGGAAGAAUUCUGGAAGCUUGCAAGGAAGAAAUUCAGGCAGUUGAAGAACCCUUCAUCUCCCAUUCCAAUUACCAAGCCUGGUUUUGGUUCUUUGAACCAGCUUCCGCAAUUGCAACAAAUUCCGUCAGGAACUAAUUCACUUGUGAAUCCGACAUCUGCCUGUGGGGUGCCUUCAACAUUUGGCCUCCCUAAUAUUAUUAGGAGUCAGCGAUCUAGUAUCGCUGUAGCAUCAACAAGAUUCCAGCCACAUCUGAUUUCUGGGGCACUUCUACGGAACUGUACCAGUAGUACCCAAGUCCAGGGAAAUAGAGUGGUUGCUUCCCGUGCUAUGUUCAAGAGGUCUGGAUUCCCAAGUAGACCUGUGGUUACUAAUCGGCCUACUUAUCGUGCACCAAAAAAUGUUAGUGUAGCGUACCUACAGCAUCUGCCAAAUCAGCAGUUAACUGAAAACCUUGCUGAAAACAAUUCCACUAACUCAACAGUGUCAUCACUUCAGUUGGAUGUAAAUCCAAGUUUUUGUCUGCCAAGCAGUAUAUCUCCUGGUACAUCACCUUUGCAAUUGCAAGGAUAUAGUCAGCCUAGUCCUCAUACACCGACUUCACAUUUCCAUGGAGGUCAUUCUGCUGCUAUUGCAAGUAACAGCCCCUAUGCUUAUACAUCCAUGAACCAAACACAAAAUGUUUCUGGUCUGGUUCUUCCUUGUAAUACUGAUGCACAAAGCAACAUUACACUAUGCAGUAAAAUACAAUCAGCAGUUACUCAAACUAUUUCUGGCCCAAACUUGUCCUGCAGUACCCCUGAUGUUUUAAGCAGUAUAACUCAGAGGAGCCAUCCUUCUGCAGAACAAAGUUAUUCUGGCGCAAUGUUAUCAUGUAGCGCUUCUAAUGCAUUGAACACUGUUUCAAAGAGCUGCCAACUGCCUGCAACAGAGAAUUUCGUAGUUCAAGGUGGAGUGCCUGUGCAUGAAUAUUUACCAACAAUAGAGCGGAAUGUAUUGGAUAAUACAGAAUUUCCAGAAUUUGAUUUUGAGAACUGGGACCAUGAUGGAAGUGACAUUCUUGGUUCACAGGACUCUUUCUUAUUGGAUAUGAACAACCAAGCUUCAGUGCCUGCUCCAGUUGAUGCAGGUAUGCUCUAUAUUGAUUUUGAGACAUCAUGGAAUGGGUUGGCUCGUUCAUGACUGUAAGCUUCCAUGUCCGCAACAUUACUUUAUAUAAGUAGAGCUGAAAAAAUAUACCUAGUUUGUAUCUAGGGAUUAUUAGAAGUCAACUGCAGCUGUUUUUGUAUAGUUAAACACAGAGGUGAUGAACUCGUCUCCUGAAGCCUUUUAAACCACUGUACAGAAGUUUAAAAUGCUGGAUUAACCUGCCAUAUGUUUGUGUUAAUUGUUACCUCUGCUUUUAUCUUGAUAACUAUCUUUUGAAGGCCGAGUUCUUGAGCUAUUGUAAGAGGUUCAAGGGUCUGGCCAAGUGGCCAUUGUUCAAUGUCACCCAAUUAAAAUGUUAUAUAAGUAGAAAACAAUUGAAGAAACCGUUGUGGUUACAUGAUCCGUAGUAAUUUUGUGUUGAUCACGGAACGAGUGAUCUCUUUUGUAAUGUUUUGAGGCUACCUUGGUGUUUGGUCAUAAUUUCAUCAAGAUAUGUGCAUAAAAGCUCUUUCUAAGAAAGAACAUCAAGGCUAAAAUUUGCCUAUUGGUCGUUUGUGCAGCAGAUUACAAAUUGAUUGUCUACUUACCCGUUAUUGUCUUUCUUGAUCCAAGGCUUGUAUGAGAACUAUUAUUAGUU